ACACCCAGGGAGAGGAGGGGGAAGCCGGCGGACGGGCGGUGCCCUGGGCGUGUGGGUGGGGCCGGCUCGGCGGCUCCGACUUCCCCUCCUGCCGCCAGUUCCCUCGCGGCGAUACCAGCGAAAGGGCUGAAGCAGCGCUUACGGGAGGGGUUCUCGAGCCUUGGCCGCCGCCGCCUCCCCCGGCCCGGCCUGGCCCAGCCCGGCCCUCCCCUCGAGAGCCUGCUCUGAGGCAGACACGCGCCCCUUCCCACGCGCGCCCCGUCCCGCGAGAGCAAGCUCGACCCACGCACAGGAACAGGCUUAGCGCCGGCGCCGCCUCCGCCGCCUCCUACAACAGGGCAUCGGCACAACACAAAAGCUUGUGUCGGGGUUCGAGCAGAGGUUUCCACGAGAGCACAGCUGCGGAGACAUGAAGAUCAAAGAUGCCAAGAAACCAUCUUUUCCAUGGUUUGGUAUGGACAUUGGGGGAACACUUGUGAAGCUCGCAUAUUUUGAACCUAUUGAUAUUACUGCUGAAGAAGAACAGGAAGAAGUUGAAAGCCUGAAGAGUAUUCGUAAAUAUUUGACAUCAAACGUAGCCUAUGGGUCCACUGGUAUUAGGGACGUCCACCUUGAACUCAAAGACUUGAUACUCUUUGGGAGAAAGGGAAAUUUACAUUUUAUCCGGUUCCCAACACAUGAUUUGCCAACAUUUAUUCAAAUGGGAAGAAACAAGAACUUCUCGACGCUGCAUACGGUGCUCUGUGCCACUGGCGGUGGUGCCUACAAGUUUGAAGAAGAUUUUCGCACAAUUGGAGACCUCCAACUGCACAAACUGGACGAACUUGACUGCCUUGUCAAAGGCUUGCUGUAUAUAGAUUCCGUCAGCUUUAAUGGUCAGGCAGAGUGCUACUACUUUGAAAAUGCAUCGGAACCCGAAAGAUGCCAAAAGAUGCCUUUUAACCUGGACGAUCCCUACCCCUUGCUUGUUGUAAACAUUGGUUCAGGAGUCAGUAUUUUAGCGGUCCAUUCCAAAGACAACUAUAAGAGAGUGACUGGAACAAGUCUAGGUGGUGGGACCUUUCUUGGCUUGUGCAGCUUAUUGACUGGAUGUGAAAGCUUUGAAGAAGCGCUGGAAAUGGCAUCCAAAGGGGACAGCACGCAUGCUGACAAGCUUGUCCGGGAUAUUUACGGAGGAGACUACGAACGGUUUGGCUUGCCAGGGUGGGCAGUGGCGUCCAGCUUUGGGAAUAUGAUCUACAAGGAAAAACGGGAAUCUGUUAGUAAAGAAGACCUGGCUAGAGCGACAUUGGUUACUAUCACCAAUAACAUUGGAUCUAUAGCACGAAUGUGUGCUGUAAAUGAGAAAAUAAACCGUGUUGUCUUUGUUGGAAACUUUUUGCGUGUGAACACGUUGUCGAUGAAGCUUUUGGCAUAUGCACUGGAUUACUGGUCCAAGGGCCAAUUGAAGGCUCUGUUCCUAGAGCAUGAGGGGUACUUUGGAGCUGUUGGUGCCCUACUUGGAUUGCCAAAUUUCAGCUGAAACUGAAAGCAUCAUAGUCCUGAAUUGUCCCUUACCUUUCUGGAAUUAUUACAACACUGUUUUUUAUACCAACUGGAACCAAAGUGGGGAAGGGCUGCAGUCUUUCUGUGAAUGUCCUUAUCUGUCAGAAUUCUUGUCUCUCAUGGAGGCAGAGUUUGAAAUCAAGGUGUUUGUGUAAGGGGCAGUGGCCAGCUAGUGACUUGCAUAUAUGGCAUCUCUUACACGUACCAAACUUUCAGUGCGCCGUACAGUCCCUGAAAAAUGAGCCUCAAAGUCAAAAUUGGAAUAUUAGGCUUAGCUGUUCAGACUGCAGUGCAGAUUUAAAUGUGCUUCAAAAAUCAGCCAGCACGACUAUUUGAUUGCACCUAGUUGUGCAACUCUUGUAUUCACUGUCCAUUUGAGAGUUAUUUUUCAUUGGUUCCAAAACUAAUCCACCCAUAACCAUAUCCAAGCACUGUCUACUGAAAAUAAAGGAAGAAAAUAAUUUUCUUUCAGAGCAAGCAAAUCAUAACAUGUUGAUGUACUUAUUUCAGAUUUUCCUAUAUUAGGGUUUCCAGAAAAUUAAAAGUAAAACAAUCAGCAGAGACUUUGUAUAAUUGUUUUAAUGAGUUUUAAGCAACUGAAUAUGCAUCUGUAUAAACUACUCAUUGCAUAGUCAAAUUUUGUUAAGUUGUGCUUAACAAAAGCAGAGUUCAUCUGCAUUACAGUCCUGUACAUGAUUUGCUUAGAAGUAAGCUCUGCUGAGUUUGGUGGGGCCUACUCCCAGGUAAGAAGGUACAGAAUAGUAGUCUCAAUGGUUGUGUGUGUAGGAUUUUCCAUCGAACCUGACAAGGUUUUAAAAGGUUGUCAAUUUUUUAAAAAACCUGUAUCUCAGAUUCACUCAUUUCUAUAAAAAUGUGCCAGUAAAUGUAACUGAAAUCCAAGCAGCAAUACCAUUCCAGUUGUUGGAUUGCCAGCUCCGUCGAGGUGUCAUGCCGUGCGGUAUCUCAGCUUAGUUAAACAUGUGAGGACAUUGGUCCAAUGGAAUCUGUGUUGACCCAAAAUGUGAAGUUGGGAGCCAGUCCGUGUCUGAAGGAACCGUGGCAGCUUAGAGGUUGUACUGCACAGUCCAGAGGUCUGGCAUUUGUCAUAGUCUAAUGAACUGUUCCCAACAUUGCAACAACGUGGCCUUGAGAUAAACUCCAUGCAUUGGGGCUACUCCCAUAUUUUAACUAUCUGCUAUUUCAGACUUGAUUGUAAAAGUUUACAGUAGUGGCAUAUUUGUAGUAGAUUGCUGCAGCAAAGCUUACUGUAAGACCUCAGAAAAAAAUCAUCUCAGAAAAGAAACUUUCUAUGCACAAGGAGAGAGGUGUCGAUGUAUUGUGAAGGAAUAUGCAGUUAAUUCAGUCCAUGAACUAUAGGGGAAUUGACCACUGGUUAAAGCUCAUAGAGCUCAGGCCUAGAGCUUGAUUGACUUGGUCGCAUUGAUAAGAUUUUGGCACACUGGUAUUUUUUACAGCAAUAUCUGUUUGGAUAAUGUAUUUCCAGACAGCUAGUGUGUGUGGCUUUUUCCUUUUAAAAAUCCUGUUCCUUAGAACUACACUUGUGGGCUCAUUAGCAGUCCUUUGUAUUUAAUUCAGAAUAGUGUUGACAUGCCUCAUACUACCCACCUGUGCUAUUUUCCAGUGUUAGAACUGAAAUAUGAGCAAACUAUUUCUAGCACAAGGCUAUAUCCAGAGUUGUUUAUGUAUUCCGUUGGUCCCCUGUUGAGGCACUGGCCAGAAGAUGCAGCCUGAGCAAAGCGUCUUAUUACUGGGAUGCUAUACUUGAGUAUUCUGGCCCAAUUGUGGUCAUCUUUAAAACAAAGUCUAAUAAUGAAUCCAUAAAUAAUCACGUGGAAGUGAAUUCUUACCUUUAAAAAAAACUUACACAGCUCAGGCAUGUGUUUCAAUUCCAAUAUGUUACUGAUUGUGAUGAGCACGUUUCGUGCAAAACCUUGGCCAUAUGAGAAUAACCUAAAAUAAAUCUCCAUGAGUUGCCAUUUAAAAAUUGAUAUUGUGUAAGAGAUGAGAACAUUGAUUGGAACCUGCCCCUCCCUCCAAAGUCUUACUUGAUCUUGGAGUCUGGCCUCCCACUGCAUUGAUUUCUGCGGAUGCUGUUGGGGGUGCCCUGGUGGGCAGGCCGGGAGAGGAUCUGACUCCACUCGAUUUCCAGCCCUCACUUACCCUACAAGCAUGGGGGAACCAGUGUUGUUUAAACCAGUGUCAGCACUGGUGCAAAUGAAUUCCUUUCCUGUUGCUCAAAAUGGGAAGGGAUAAUUUUCCAAGCUUUUUCCCUACAAAUGGCUUUGGAUUGAGUGUUUCCUUUAUUUGGACUCUCUUCCUUUAGAAUUGCUCUCUAAAGUGCUUCCAGAUGAAGCUUUUAUUGUGCCAUAUUUUGGCCUCAUUCAAUGGAUCUUUAUGGGUGGGGGGUGUUGCUUGCUGGCAGGCUUCUCCAGUCUCCAUUUCUUUCCACAAAAGAGGAGGAGAAAAAGACCGAGUCAUUGCAUAAUGCCUUUUGACUGGUAAUGCAAGGAGUCCUCCAUCUGGAAGCACCGUAAAACAGGUGGGCGACUCUGCUAUUUAUUGCCUGGCCAAGCAUGUGUCAAGAAGACUUUUGCUGUGGUACUCAGAAGAUGAAACGUGCAAUGGAUCCAACUGCAACUGGUAUAAAUAGCCACAUUACAGGUUUGAAAUAAUCUUAUUAAUAAAUGCACCAGUAAUUUCGAUGCUGCAGAGCUCUGUAUUUAUUGCAGUAAAGAGAAAUAAAAAUACCAAUUUUCCUACUUUUUCUAAUUUUAAAGGGAUAGAAGAUUUUUUAAUGUUUUGAUCUCAUGCUACAGAAACGAUAUAGCAUUCUGUUGUUCAAAAUAAGGAGUUGUAUCACUACAGGUUUCAUUUCACCUUGGGAAAAUGCUUUGAGGGCUUUUCUUACUGUUUGCACAGAGGAAGUUUUUUUCUGCAAGUAUAUUGAUAUCUAGGAUUGGUCAACUCUCUGGCGAUACGGAGCAACCUCUGGCUGGGAAGGGAGUGGAUGUUUCCUCCUCCUUUGGCCCAUGAUCCGAUGCAUCUUCAGACAGAAAGUGCCCUGCACCUCCCAGCAUUCCCACUGCUGGCUUUAGGACUGUUGGGAGCUGGAAGCAUUUCUGAUGUCUAAACAUACAUCGGAUCACGGCUUAAUUAAGGAGCAGCAUAGAGGUGGUUAAUGUUGUGGCUCUUCAGUCCAUCAGUCAUACCAAGUGCCUUAAGUGUCUUUCUGUGGUUUGAGCUACCGUUUCACCUGAGACUUCCUGAGGGUGACAAAUAUCAAACACUGAGCAGUGUCAGUUCUAUUAUUAGCGUGUAGAUCAGCUUAAAAUUGAGCCAGGUAGGCCACUGGAUAGUUUUUUUAAUUCUUUUCCUCCUCAUAAUUUUAAAUUACAUAGUUCAGAGUGCUUUUUCAUUGCGAUACAAUAUGUAUCCCGAGUAUAAUACAUAACAUUUCCCCCCAAAUAAGAGAAGGUAAUAAGGUAAUUUCAUCUCUUAAUAAACAGACCCAUUUUUGGACUAUGCCAAGAGCCAUUCCAUUAAGGCAUGUUUGGAUAAGAACUUGACAUCGUUAACUUCUCUUCAGGACCAUUAAGCAAGGGGAUUAAUGGACCAUAUAAUGGAUAUUAUUCUCCUACAUUCCUUUUAAUGUCUGCCAUGCACAUUCUUAAAGCACUAUUCCAUGAAAAAGAUGUCAGUACUAUAAGGAUCAGACCAUUUUUUCUCAUUUUGUUUGCCAUUUGCAUUAUGCUUUCAAACGGCCCAUGCGUUGGCACGGUACACUCUCUGUGCCGUGGAAGUUGGUCGUGUGUGACCCUGCUGAACGUUGCUGAUCAGGCGGAUCAAGACCUGUGUGGUCUUUCUAGCUGUACUGCUCUUCAGAUGUUUAGUUAGCAAGAGGAACUCUUGUUCGGUAGCUACUUGCAACUUCUGUGUACCUUUGUAUCUUUCUAUCAGCAUGUCGGGAAUGUACUGUAUGCUACAAACAUUGCCAGGGCUUUGACAGCUGGGCAUAUCUAAAGCCCAGCCACAAAGCUGACCCAGUGUUGCUUUUACCUUUCCGGAUAUUUCUCUGGACUGCCUCAUGAACAGUAGUAGAUCAUAUGUGUUAAGAGUAGUUAAGCAUGUUUUACCCCUACACCUGGCAGAGGAGGCGUAUGUUCCCACCAGCAUCCCCACGCGUGUGCCCUGUGCUAAUGCCCCUGCUACUCCCUGCAGCACGUACUCCUGGCGUGGGAGGACGGGCAAGAAAUGCAUCCACGUUGCCCAUUAUAGAGCAGAAGCAGCUGCAUGCGAAAUUGUGACAUGUGCCUGCCGUUGCAGUAAUGUGUGAAACAGUCCUCCAAAGGAAGUCUUUGGAUAUUUUCAUGUCCUUAUACAAAGGCAAGUUUCUGUUGCUUAAGUAGUAAUAAAUUGGACUCAUUUUAACUGCCUAAACAUUCAUGCCUUGUUGCUUUGUAAAUACUGCAUUCUGUCUAUAAAACUCUGUGAACUGAAUAGCUAUUAGAUAAAGUAGAGGAUGUAACAUAGAAUCUUUGAUAGGAGAUCAACAUAUAUUUCUAAUUGGCUACUUGUGCUUUUAGGGGCCCGCGUUUUUGCUACUGAGGUAAAAUUAAAAUAUUGCAUGGUUAGGUGUCAUUAAAAAUAAGAGGAGGAUUUAGGGGUUAUGACUUUAGUGUGCCAUGGACAAACUAGCACCCCUUUUUAUUGCUACUCUAAUAAGCUACAAUAUACUUUGAUCUCAUUAAGUUUAGCAUUUGGAAAUAAAAUAAUUGAGUCGUAAUUCUUUGGUCAGCCCCUCCUCCACCUGUGCUAGAAGGCAGGUUGGAUUACAAGGCUUAAAAUACUAGUGUCAACUUGAUUUUAUGCCUUUUGUGAGUUAAUGUUAAACUUGCGAACAAGCACACACAUUGCAAAGAUGGAGACAAAUAAGCUGCCUUAAUUCAAAGGUGAUCUCCACAUAAUUGUAAGUCCUAGAAUAUGUUGUAGGGUAUUGAUUUCCUAAUUCCAAAGAGUGCUUAUUCUGUAAAAUGUACAGUGAAGUUAAGCCUGCAGGCAAACAUUUUUUUGAGAAUACUUCUCAAUAUUUCCCCUCAAUAUUGACAAGUAUAUAUGUCAGUUGUGACACGUAGCCAGAAAACCUUGCUAAAUUGUGAGCAGUCCCAGGAAUAUGACAGGUAACUGAAAAUACUUGCUAAAUGUGCGUUGAGCACAAGUCACAAAGCUGUGCAUCAUCUAGUAGUACCACUACAUGCUUUGUAUGGUGACUUGAAAAAUAAGCUGCAAAUGGGGCGCCUCAGUUGCUGAGCCACUGCAGAAAACACAGUGACACUUAACAUUCUUCGUAUUCAGAACAACAGAUUUGUGUUCUCCUUCCAUCAGAUGGUUGGACUAGUCAUUUAUCCUUCUCACUGGGAUGGAUAAAGUUGUUUUGAUGGGAUAGGAAGGUAGCAGGCAAUUUGAACGUAACUCUAAACCCACACCUAAGUGCUUUGUGAAAGAGCAAAACCAAGCAUUGGGCAGGUGCCUUCCCUUGCCCAGCACAGCUUCAAAGAAACCCCCGCCCUGUUUUAAGCUUAACAUAGUUUAAUGUUUGAACUGCUGGAGGGAAGGGGACCCUGGCUUGUUAACAAGAGAAGGUGCUAACCACGAUUUGAUUCUGACCUGUUUCAAUAAAACCAGUUUGAAACUAACCAGAGGCACCCCGCCACACACACACACACACACACCACCCCCCCUCCAGUUAAGACAUAAAGAGAAACUGGUAAGUUUGAAACAGGAAAUGGAGGCUUCUGAACUUGCAAUAAGCACUAGGCACAAUGCGAGGACAAGGCCUCGGCUUGCUUCUGUGCAUUUCCAUAGCAACAAACGGUGUGACCACCUUGGAAACAAGCCAGUGUACAGGUGUUAUUCCUUAGUGGCAAGUAAGGCUGAGUGGGAGGUAGAAGAUGGUAAAACAAUCACUGUUUAGGGUCUGAUCUACUUUUCAGAUAAAUAUUUUAUCUAAUUGUAAUUAUGUGUCUCAUGCUGCUCUAAACUAUUCUACCUGGACAACAAUUCAUGAAAGCCAAGGGUUUGUCAGGAAAUCGGCUUUUUAUUAAACAGACUGCAAUUUAAUACAUCUGUUACAAAGUUUUCAGGAUUUGAGAAGCAACUGUUCUUACGUUUGUGUAAAGUUGGUUCAUGUAGCAGUGUGUUGAUAGAAAUUUGAUCAACAUAUUAAUCCUGUGUUGACUGCAACAAUGACUAUGCUCAUUUUUAUUUGUAUUGUGAGUACAGUUUUUUAAAAUUUCUAACCUAUUUUGGACAAAACUUUCCAUAAGACUGAUUGACAUGUGGAGAGUAUUUUUCUGGAAUCCGGAAAAAAUAAAUUUAACUUCAGUGUUGCUUGUUGAUACAUUCUAAGCAAUAGUUAACAUGCUGCUGCUUCCCGGCUUGAUGUUCGUUCAGUACAAAAUCAUUACAAAAGGGUUUUUUAAAUGUUUUGUAGAUGGGGAAGUGUCAAAGUGUAGUGCAUUUUUAACAUACACAUGGAUAGGAACUAGUUAGGAAAUGUGUCAGUCACAUUUUCCCACCAGUUAAAGGGAUUUUUCUACUGGUUUUUCAAUGUCUAAGGGUGCAAUCGAAUGCCCUGCACAUUUGCUGUCCAUGGAGGCUGUGGUGCAUCCUGUGCAUGGGCAGAGGAGCCAUGCGCUCCGCUUUUUCUCUGGACAGCCAGUUCUAGUUAUCCAGAUGAAGCGUCAGGAAGGGAAAGAGGCUGGGUGCCAAGAGGAACUGCCAUUGCCCUCCUGUCGCAGCCUCCUUCCUUCCACACCGUCUCUUCCUCUCCAAGGCCCAUUUGUGACUGGAAACAGUUCUUUCCAUGUCAGUUGUGAAGUGGGCAGGAUGAGAACAACACCCUCAGAGUCCCGACUCCGAGGCUGCAGUAGCUGGGACUCCAAGCAAUCCUGUGGUCACCCAGAAGAUUUGGGGGGACAUCACCUGAACUGUAAACCCUUAAAGCCCAAGUUGUAUGUGAACUUUACUUGGUUUCCAUGGCCAAUUCACAGUCUACAAAAAAACUGCAUAUGACAUUUACCAUAACAGCCAUUUCAGAUAAGUUGCCUUAUUCUAUUGCAGUGAACUUAAUUGUCUCAGCUGUUUACUGUUCUGACAAUGACAUUGGUGUAAAAAUGUAUGUUUUGCAAAUUUAAUUUCAUAGUUGCUAAAUUAUUUAACACACCUUUUGUAAAUUGUUUAAUUUAUUUUCAUCCCUGAAGCUGUCCUGCAUCAUUUUCCAAAUGAUAGAAGUUAUAUUGUAAUCAUUCCCAUCAGAACUGUCUAAAAGUUUUUCUUCUAUGCUUGCAUGAGUAAAUGUGAAUUUAAUUUUGUUGUAUGAUGAACUUUUUUGUUUUCCUAGUUUUCCUAUUGUUCUGUAUGAAUGAACAGUACUGUUGUCUUCUUUUCUAAAUAAAUACCAAUUUGGUUUUCUCUCCCA